CAUGUAAACAUCAGCGUAACAACGGAAGAGAGACGCUGUUGAUGGUUUGUGCUUGUUUUCAGGCAGUUUUUAUGCGAUUGAGCGCUCUAAAGUAACGUAAAUUAAUAAAUAACAGAAUUAUAUGUAGUUUUAAAAGUUUCUAAGUCAGAGUUUGAUGAUGAAACACUUCGCAGAGGAGCUUUGAGGCCGCGGAGCUGCAGUUUUGCUGGACGGAUCGCUAAGAAAUAUGAUGGAGGAUUUCUCUGGCCUGGCUCUGCCUCCUCUGUUCGGAGGUCACAUCCUGGAGGCAGAACUGGAGCCUGGUGGAGUGGAGCUGGGACCAGGAGAGGUGGAGCUGGGUCCAGGAGGCAGCGAGCUGCUGGAGAACACGACGCAAGAAGACCAAGACAGACGAGCUCUGGACAAAAGGAAAUACCUGGCUCUGAACAGGAGGUGUAAAGAAAUAGAACAGGUGAAUCAGAAGAUCCUGGGGCGUCUUCACCAGGUCCAGAGAAUCACACGACGUCUGAAGAAAGAACGACGGUUCCUCAUGAAGACUUUAGACGCUCAUGGAGACGAUUACAGGAACGCUCAGCUCACCAUCCUGCUGGAGGAUGAGUCUGGAGCUCAUGUGGAUCCUGCUGCUGGAGCCGAGGACGAACGGAUCAACGGAGUGUCUGGAUCCACUUCAUCUGCAGCCGGACCGAAGAAGAAGAGGCACCGGGUUCCUCGACAAGAGAAGGACAAAGACCAGCAGGCUGAAUCCGACAUGUUGGCAGAAACACAGUUUGGAGAGCUGCCCAGUCCCACCUCCCUGUCCCACUGAUUCCAGUUCAACUCUCCGUUAGAUUAAACCGUCUUUGACUGCUGGUGGUUUCACCUGUAAACAGACUGAACAUCAGUCAUACAUUUGUUCUGUAUAUAUAUUUGUGUGUUUUGAUAUUUUGUGCUGAUGUUUAUGACCAGUAAACAGCGUCGUGGACAACCUGG